ACCCCAGAUCCGAAUUCUCAUGGUGAUUACAGUCUAAGCUCAAAGUCCAAAGCUUUAAGCACUUAAAUCCACAAGUACUUCGGUUUUGCCAGAAGAGGACCCAUCAAAAGUGCUUCGGAAAUGAGAAAAAGCAGUGGUUUUUAGAUUAAAGGGGUUUGGAUCAAGGUUGACCAGAUGAUCUCUAAUUCUUGAUGCAGAUUUCUAUCUGUAUUAAAUUGUUUGGACUGGAACAAAUGAAGCUCAAAGUGGAAGUUGCUCUUGCAUGUUUCAUUGUUUUGAUCUUGGUUCAGCAAUGUCUUUGUGAUGAAAUUUCCAACACUUCAAGCAUAAACAAAUGGACAUGUACAUGCUCCUCUCCUUACCAAGGAAACCAGAAUUAUGUUCUCAAAUCAAACUGUUCUUCCUCUUGUGAUUGCAGUCCAGUUGGAGGAUCCAGUGUGGAUAGAUGGAUUUGUAUGUGUCUUGCAAAUGGAUUCCCUAAAGUAACAGUUGACAGCCAAAACACUACUUGUUUUACAGCCUGCAACUGUACCACUGGACCACUUCCUGUUGCUGAAGCUUCAAGGAAACACAUAUCAAGCAGACUUAUUGUGAUUAUUCUUUUGCUGUGUGUCAUACUCACAACACUUGCAUUUCUUUCUUCGGUAAUAUGGUAUUUUUGUCGGAAGGACAAGUUCCCUGGUAGCCACAAGUUCCCUGUCCAGCUACCAGUAUUCUCAUCGGAUAAAGAAACAAGCUGCAACAGUGCUACCAACUUAAUAAGUCAUAAGACUUUGUCAGUUUCAGAAGCUAAAGUAAACAUCAAUUUCCUUGCUAAGCCUAUUGCAGGAUGCUUUCUAAAGGCUUCUUUCCUUUAUCGGGGCAAAGCAGAGACCAUACAUGGAACCAUUAUGCAGUUCUCAUACUCUGAACUGGAUUAUGCAACCAAUAAGUUCUCCAAUUCCAACCUUAUAGGAUUUGGGGGAAGCAGCUAUGUCUAUCGUGGUCAGCUCAAAGAUGGAAGCACUGUUGCAGUUAAGCGACUUAAAACUCAUGGAGGGCCUGAAGCAGACUCUAUCUUUUCAACAGAGGUCGAACUGUUGUCCAGACUCCAUCACUGCCAUGUGGUGCCCUUGCUUGGCUACUGUUUAGAAUUCCAAGGGAAACAUGCCGAGAGGCUUUUGGUAUUUGAGUAUAUGCCUAAUGGUAAUCUGAGGGAUUGUUUGGAUGGAAUUUUGGGGGAGGACAUGACCUGGGAUACUCGUGUUACAAUUGCAAUUGGAGCUGCUAGAGGUUUGGAAUAUCUUCAUGAAGCAGCUGCUCCUAGAAUUUUGCAUAGAGAUAUAAAAUCCACAAAUAUUCUUCUGGAUAAGAACUGGAGUGCAAAAAUAACUGACCUUGGGAUGGCUAAACGUGUAAGAACUGACGGACUUCCAAGCACUUCCAGCUCUCCUGCAAGGAUGCAAGGCACAUUUGGCUAUUUUGCCCCAGAAUAUGCAAUUAUUGGAAAAGCCUCUCUCAUGUCAGAUGUUUUCAGUUUUGGUGUAGUUCUUCUUGAGCUUAUCACUGGUCUGCAACCCAUCCAUAAAUCAAAUAACAAACAAGAAAGUCUAGUUAUAUGGGCUACCCCUCAUUUACUGGACAGUAAGCGAGUGAUUUCAGAGUUGCCAGAUCCACGUUUAAAAGGAAAUUUCCCAGACGAAGAGAUGCAGAUAAUGGCUUACCUUGCAAAGGAGUGCCUACUGUUGGAUCCUGAUGCUCGCCCAACCAUGAGUGAGGUUGUGCAAAUCCUCUCAACUAUUACACCGGAUAAAUCUAAAAGACGAAUUCCUGUAAACCUUUUUCUGUCGUCAUCUGCCCAUAGCAUGACAAGUGAAGCUCACAUUAACGGAUAUCACAAUGCAAUUGAGGCUUUACAGGAUGCAGAGGAGCCAGGACAAACCACAUUUACUAAAAGGUCAUCUCAGGGUUCACUUCCAUCAAACAUGGAUGUUACUCCUUGUGCUGGAAGCAACAACAAAGAGGAAGACACUAAUUCAGUUGAGUGUAUGGAAAGGCUGAUUCUCUUGACUUCAAAAUCUAGGAGUUGCCAUAUCCAGGAUGAUGAUAUGGUCGAUUUAACAGAGCCUCGUUUUGAAUCAUUCAGCAUGGCAGCAUUAAGUCUGCCUGAUUAGAGCAAUCACACUGAUGAUUAACACAUUACAGUAUACAUGUUUGCUUUGGUUUCUUCGUGUUGUGUGCACUGAAAGAGAAUGUAGCAGGUUGCUGGGGGCAUCUCCAGUUAUUCUUUAUUACUGGGUUCUUUGAAGCAGGUUGUUUGUAACUUGUUCUAUCUUCCUACAAUGCCUUUUUUCUCUCCGUGCUGAUGUACAGAAC